AUCCUAGAGAAUGUGGUAGCUAUUCUUUCUUCUUGCUCCACAGGACUUUAGGCUCUAAGCCUGGGGUGCAUGUAGAUCCAAGUCUCCUCCUCGCACUCUGUCUUCUGCACACCUGGCAUGGCAGCACCGGCACCCGAGCUCGCCUUGCUCCACCUCUGUCUUCCCGCAUCUCUACCUCUGCAGUGCUAUUCCCGGGAAGCGGAGGCUUGCCUGGCCUUGACCUCCAUGGCCUGGACUUCGCUGGCCAGCCCAGAGACACCAAAGGGGGUUCCCAGGUGCAAGAGACUCUAACCGUCAGCUAACCAGGAGGGAAACACCUGGGGUGUCUCUGCCACCUCCUUGCUCCCGGCCUCGCUUGGUGACAUUUCCGGCACUAGUCGUAGCUAAGACGCAGGAUUUGCACCGCAACCUCUGUACCGGUGACGCGAGCCCCAGGAUCCGGGCAGCUUCUCGGAUUACUCCCUGGAGCGCAAAAGGAAAAGAAAGAGCAGGUCUUGCUAGGCGCAGCUAGGCGAAAGCAUCCGGUAGCGGUGCCCCGCCAGGAGGACGCGACUGCCCCGGGCUCCGGCGUAGCCGGCGGCUGCGUCUACGCGCGAGGGGUUAACUGCAGCACCCGCGGCCCGGCGGGCGCAAUCGCUUCCUCUCUCCCCGCCCGGGAACCUGAAUACGGCGCCCGCGGGAUGUUCGCAAGCUGGGCCAGGCAGUCGGGAAACAUGAGAAGGCUUCGGUAUUCCGGUUCCCGGGCCGCGCGCGCCCGUCUGGGUAAAUAAAGCCGAGACGACGCCGGUGGCCCCGGUGAAUGCGUCGGAGCCUGCGCCGAGAACAUGCGGUGGGGAUGGGAGUGUGCCUAGUCCCGAGCCGGGACAGUAAGCCGCUGGCUGCGGGCUCCGCGGCCACAGAACCCGAGCCCUGCUGCGGAGCUCCCGGUGAACUCCGAGGCUCUGCGGCAAGGCCGCGCGUCCCUGCCAGCCCUCACCAUGAACACUAUCGUCUUCAACAAGCUCGGGGGAGCCGUGCUUUUUGAAGACCGAGGCACCCCAGAUCGGGAACGUGGCAGCCGGCCAUACGGUGGCGUCCUGGACAAUCCACACACAGGCCCGGAGGUGGGCAUUCAAGACGGUCCGCCCCUCAAGGACAACCUCAGCCUGAGACACCGGAGGACAGGGGCCCGGCAGAAUGGAGGGAAGGUGAGGCACAAGCGACAGGCCCUGCAAGACAUGGCGCGGCCCCUUAAGCAGUGGCUUUACAAGCACCGUGACAACCCGUACCCUACGAAAACUGAGAAGAUUCUCUUGGCUCUAGGCUCGCAGAUGACGCUAGUACAGGUGUCAAAUUGGUUCGCUAAUGCUAGACGUCGGCUGAAGAACACUGUCCGGCAACCAGACUUAAGUUGGGCCUUAAGAAUAAAGUUAUACAACAAGUAUGUCCAGGGCAACGCUGAACGGCUCAGUGUGAGCAGUGAUGACGACUCCUGCUCUGAAGAUGGAGAAAAUCCCCCAAGAAAUCACAUGAACGAAGAGGGCUAUAGCACCCCUGCCCACCACACUGUGAUUAAAGGGGAGAGUUCAGCAGUGAAAGCUGGCGGGAGACCAGAGUCACGGGCUGCUGAGGACUACGUGUCACCGCCCAAGUAUAAGAGCAGCCUGUUGAACCGUUACCUUAACGACUCUUUGAGACAUGUCAUGGCCACCAGCACUGCAAUGAUGGGGAAAACAAGGCGAAGGAACCAUUCGGGGUCCUUUAGCUCCAACGAAUUUGAAGAAGAGCUGGUGUCUCCGUCAUCGUCAGAAACUGAAGGCACCUUUGUCUAUCGCACAGACACCCCGGACCUUGGAUCUACUAAGGGUGACAGUGCUGUGAACAGAAGAGGGCCAAGCAAGGAUGACACAUACUGGAAGGAGAUCAACGCAGCCAUGGCCUUAACAAACCUGGCCCAGGGGAAAGAUGAGGUGCAGGGGACGACCACCAGUUGCAUCAUCCAGAAGUCUUCCCACAUAGCGGAAGUAAAGACAGUCAAGCUGCCACUGGUGCAGCGCUUCUAGAGCAGCCAGGGAGUGCUGCCUGUGUCAGUGGGUUGCUUUGCUUGUUUUUUGGUGUUUGGUUGUUUUUUUUUUUUUUUUACCUAAAUCCUCAUCCUAAGAGCCAAGCAGAGGUGAAGAGGACUUCCAUUCAACUAUCUUAAAUAUAUCAGUUGCUUCUAUAAAAAGACAUAUAAGUUAUAAAAACUUAUUUUAAUCAAAAAUAUUAACUUAUUUUAUGUUACUGAAACUAUGCAUAAAGCGUCUGCAUUACCAUUACAAUAAGUGCCUUGCUCCCUGAGGUAAGCUCCAACGUGGGCACAGAGGAGAGCUGUGCCUCAAACCAUCACCACCAACACUUGCUGCACUGCAUCAUUCCAGACUGGUCCAGGACUGAAGCCAAUCGCUGAGAGCCCCUGAAACAAAUUCAAUCCGUCACACGUUCAAACUCGGAGAUCUGUUCAGCCCAGAUGAGGUGAUCUUUUAUUUUUAUUUUCUUCUUUUUUUUUUAAUGCCUACAGGACUGGAAACUGUUCUUUGUGCCUUCCAGGGUGAUGGUGAGAAUUUUCUGUGUGGGUUUUGUUUGCAUAUCUGUUAGUGCAUCCAAAAUGAAAGGUGCAGCAGGACCACGUGAUGCAUACAUUUAAAAAGAGACGCUUUCCAACUAGUUUAAUAUUGCAAUGUAGUCAGAAAUUGUUUUCCCAAGCACUGUUGGAAAGUAUGCCAAUGCCCUUUACAAUUAAUUGGGAUUUUUUUCCCUGAAAAAAAAAAUGUGGGUCAUGGAUUAGGACUGCCACAGUUUUUAAAAAUGCCUUAUUAUAUAAAUCUUUGACUUUUUUCCUGUGUAAAACUAAACCUAAAGUUUAGUUUUAAAUCGUAAUCUUGUUUGCAUUAGAAUUCAGGGUUCCUUUGUGAUGGAAGCUGCUUUCAUAUGGAGUGACUAAAAGCCUUUUAUUUGGUUCAUUUCAAACCCAAUUCAGAUGGACAAUUUGUAUUGCAAUGAGAACAAGACAAUGAAGGAAAAAAUCUGUGUGUGGAUAUACGUACACAUGCAAAAAAAUUGAUUUUUAAAAUUUAAAACGUAUGGGUAGCAAAACACAUUCAUGUAGCCUACACUGUUCAGUCUCUGAUUUUUUUGCCAAGUAGGACAUCCAAGUAAAAAUCAAGUGAAGUCUUGCAUUGAAAGAAAGAAAGUCUUGUUUCUAAAUGUCACUACCACAGAGUGAGAGUAAUCACUAUCAAGGAAGAAGAGUAUCUUUUCCAUCCAGCAAUAACAUCCUACCCAGCUUGGGAAGACUGCAAACCAAAGGAAUGUGGAGACGCCCAAUAGAAAAGGAAAUCUGGAGAUACCCAACAGAACAGAGCAAGCGUUCAAGAGCAAAGUGAAAAGACUAGGCUAUGGGGGGCAUUUUUUUCUGGUUGUAUAAUGUAUUUUCUAAUUGUUCUAAGCUGGAAAGCAUUUUUGCAAGUGUGAAUGACAGACAUCUGGGUUCACAGCACACGCUGACGUUUUAUCUUUAUUUUACAAAAUGCUUUAAACACCGGAGGUUAAUCUGGUUGCUGAGCAGACGUGAUGGCCUUGAUGGCCAUUGUAGGAUACUUUCUCCUGUAUCAUAGCAUAGUGGGGUGGGAGUUAUCUAGUGUAAUGAAGAUAAUUUGAUAUGAAAAUAUUUUGUAUGUAUAUUUUUACUUUGUUUUCUUAAGUACCAUUGGCAGUUGCAGUAAGCCCUAGGAGAAUGUGCUAGAAGUGCUGACUGUAUGAGUGGAUGAAGUAUUGGGUUCUUCCGCUGCGUCCCUGAUACGCUGAGAUCCAGGAUGCAAAGCGGGAGUCACUACAAGACAAGCCUGCCCAGAUGUGCUCGAGGCAGCGAGGAACAAGAACAAAUACUUCACUCUUUUUCAUACUAUUAUAAGUUAUUCUGGUAUUAAAUAUUUUAAUAAAAGUGUUCUUGUUUUAACAUGUUGCAAUUAGACAAGUGAACUCUGGGUUGUAUUUUAUUUGAAAUUGUCAUGUUUUAUUUUUUCCAUCCUUUGGGGGGGAAAUAUCAGCUAAUUUGUUCUGUAUUAUGAACACAAACCAAUGAUAGGAUACUAUCCACAUAAUUUCUUUAAAGUACCAAAGCUUGGAGUCUGGCCUAUACACACAUGAAAAGUAGAUAAUUAGCAUAUCCUGAGCAAUGUCUCCAAUUACAAUCAUUUUAAUUUAUUAUUCUUCUUGUGUUACUGUUGUUUUAUCUGGAAAUCAGAGCCCCCUGUCUCUUAAAAGCACUUUGAACAAUCCAAGCCAGCAGCCGAGAGCUUGACUGACAUGUAAUUUAUAUU